UCUAAUAUUAUUGUGCGAUUUUAAGGUUUUACUUUUACGUUUAUUAUCUAUCAGAAGUGUGUUCUAUUGCGUCUGGAGCUUUCGCUCUACCAUCUGUGUGUUUUUAGAUGAUUUUGUUGAACCUUUGAUUUUGUGAUGGAAAUAACUUUAUCUAUUCCUAUCCAACGUUGCCAUGCUCAUAAUCAUGUUGGGAUAAGUUUUGGUUCGAUAUCCCCAAAGUUGUCUGAAAAGCGCAGCAUGUUCAUUAUGGGUAUGGGAUUCGUGGGGCAAUCACUUGCACGAAAACUGCAAAACCAAGGAUGGUUAGUUGCAUUACAUUCUCUUCUCUUCAAUAUUUAUCUUUUUCGCUUCAAAAUUUGUCUCAUAGAAUCAAUGAUUAUUGGUAGGGUCGUGUCUGGGACUUGCACAACCCACGUGAAGAAGCAGCAGCUCCAGAACAUGGGGUUUCAUGUUCAUCUUUUCGAUGCAAACCACCCCGAUCUGGAUAUUCUAAGGCUACUGAGAAAUUACACUCACAUUCUUGUUUCUGUGCCCCCUCUUGUUGGCAUUGGUGAUCCGAUGCUCCAGCAUGAAGAACUUUUCAGAAGGUCUUUAGCAAAUUCAGAUGUUCAGUGGCUGAGUUACUUGUCUUCGACUAGUGUCUAUGGAGACUGUGGCGGUGAAUUGGUGGAUGAGGAUUAUCCAACAAAUCCAGAAAGUGAGUUGGCUAAAUUAAGGUUAAGUUCUGAAGAAGGCUGGUCAAAUUUGUCUUAUGAUCUUGGGAUCUCACCACUUUUAUUUCGAUUAGGAGGUAUCUAUGGCCCUGGCAGAAGUGCCAUUGAUACAAUAAUGAAGCAGAAACCAAUGUCAGAAGGUCAGAAGAGGAGAAAACACCGAAAAUACACAUCCAGAGUACAUGUUGAUGACAUCUGCCAGGCACUGAUGGCUACUGUUUAUGUACCUCCCCCCAGGGAAGUUUACAAUAUCGUUGAUGAUGACCCUGCUCCGAGGGAAGAAGUAUUUGAGUAUGCAAUGAAAUUGGUGGAGGAAAAAUGGCCAGAGCUGAAGUUACAAAGUGUGGAGCAGAGGCAGAAAGAGUGGUCCAAUGUAAAUCCAAAGGGCGACAAACGAGUGUGUAAUGCCAGAAUGAAGAGGGAACUAGGACUGCAACUACUUUUCCCUGAUUACAAAUCAGGAUUGAAGAGUAUAAUUCACCAAAUUCAGAGUCCAUUCCACUGUCAUUGACCAAAUCCAGAGUCUCACUUUUCAAUGCCUUAUAUAAGUUGGACUCAGGUCAUACUGAUAUAAACUUUCUCUAUAAAAUGAACCUUCUUAGAGAAAACCCAUCAAUUACUCACAUCACUUCAUGUUUGUGCCUCAGCAAAUGCUAUUGCACUGCUUCAAAAUGAGAAUCUCAAAAUUAACACUUCCAAAA